CUUUUUUCCCUCCUUCCUGCAGCUGCUGACGCGUACAGGGCUCACACAGCCUCCUCCAUGUUCCCACUUCACUGCUUUGUUUUAGGGAGCCUGCUUUUCCAGGCUGGCUGUUACUUUUCGGAAGAAAAGUCCCCGGAGGAGUCGAGAAUGCAGCCUCCGACCGUGGUCGUCGCCAUCAUCGCCAGAAACGCCGCGCACGCGCUGCCGUACUAUCUCGGAGCCCUGGAGCGGCUCAACUACCCCAAAGACCGCAUCUCAGUGUGGGCAGCCACGGAUCACAAUGUGGAUAACACCACGGCCAUCCUGAGAGAGUGGCUCACAGUCAUGCAGAAGUAUUACCAUUAUGUUGAGUGGAGACCCAUGGACCAGCCAACGUCCUAUGCAGGAGAGCUGGGUCCAAAGCACUGGCCCAACAGCAGAUAUGAGUAUGUCAUGAAGCUGAAGCAAGCAGCUCUCAACUUUGCCAGAAAACGCUGGGCAGACUACAUUCUGUACGCCGACACCGACAACAUCCUCACCAACCCGGACACGCUUCAGCUAAUGAUCGCGGAGAACAAGUCGGUCAUCGCGCCCAUGUUGGACUCUCAGGGCGCCUACUCCAACUUCUGGUGCGGUAUUACUCCGCAGGGAUACUAUCGGCGAACAGCAGAGUACUUCCCCACCCGCCACCGCCACCGAUUGGGCUGCUUCCCUGUGCCGAUGGUGCACAGCACUGUGCUGCUGAACUUGAGGAAGGAGGGCAUGAAGAAGCUGGCUUUUUACCCCCCUCAUAAGGACUACUCCUGGCCCUACGACGACAUCAUCGUGUUUGCUUUCUCCUGCCGCGCUGCAGAAAUACAGAUGUACCUGUGCAACAAGGAGCGCUACGGAUACCUGAACGUUCCGGCUAAACCGCACCAGACCGUGGAGGACGACCGCCUCAAUUUUGUCCACCUCCAUCUGGAGUCCAUGAUUGAUGGUCCCCCAAUGCAUCCUUCUCAGUUUGUACACAUGUUCCCAAAACAGAGGGAUCUCAUGGGAUUUGAUGAGAUUUACCUGAUCAACCUGCGGCGCCGGCCUGACCGUCGAGAUAGGAUGCUGUUCUCUCUGAACGAGCUGGAGAUUGACGUGAAGGUGGUGGACGCUGUGGACGGAAAUGCACUAAACAGCAGUGACAUUAGGAUUUUGGGGGUAGACCUCCUCCCGGGUUACUAUGACCCCUUUUCUGGGCGCACUCUGACCAAAGGAGAGGUGGGCUGCUUCCUUAGCCACUAUUACAUCUGGAAAGAGGUUGUGGACAUGGAGAUGGAUAAAGCUCUGAUUCUGGAAGAUGACGUUCGUUUUCAGGCCAACUUCAAGCGCAGGGUGCUCCGGCUGAUGGAGGAGGUGGAGCAGGUGGAGCUGGACUGGGACAUCAUAUACUUGGGCAGGAAGCAGGUGAACCCUGGAAAGGAGGAGGCGGUGGAGAAUAUCCGGAAUUUGGUGAUGGCUGACUACUCGCACUGGACUUUGUCGUACGCCAUCUCCCAGCAAGGAGCCCAGAAACUGCUCAACGCAGAGCCGCUCUCCAAGAUGCUGCCCGUAGACGAGUUCCUCCCCAUCAUGUACGACAAACACCCAAAUGAGGAGUACAAGUCCCAUUUCCUCAACAGGAACUUACAAGCAUUUAGUACACGCCCCCUCUUGGUGGAGCCGUGUCAUUACGCUGGGGAUCCACAGUGGGUGAGUGAUACAGAGACGUCCACUCUCUGGGACAAUGAUGCCGUCAGGACCGACUGGAGAGGUUCCCACAAGACCCUAAAGGGAGCUGGACCAGCGCCCGACAUGCUCUCCGUUGGCUACAGAGAUGAGCUUUAGUUCGGCUCGGGAGGAGGUGGCGAGGAGCUGGAGGUCCAAAGGAGACAAAGUCAGGGAGGAAGAGGCAGAGGUUUCUCAGGCACGGCGUUCAUUUGAUAUACUCUAAAACUUAUCAAAAGACUGGUACUUUUUCCGAAGCAUUUAAGCACAAAUCUUACUAUUUUCUUCAAAAUGUCUAACUUGUGCAAAUAUCAAAGUCUUUUAAAUGUGCACUUUUUCUCAAAAAACAUCUACUUAAGUCAGAAAAAUUAUGCAUUUUCUUCCUAAAGAUUACAAUGGAGUUUGAGGGUCAGUUUACAAACACUUUUUUUUUAAAUGACGACUUUAAAGUUCUAAAUUUACAAGAAAAAAAGUCAUAACUGUUAAACUACGAGGAAAAAAGUUGUAAAUUGACGACUUUUAAUGUCAUAUAACUUUUUAUUUUUGGUGGCCCUAAAACUCAGUCUUAAGAGAUAAUGCAUAUAAUCAUGUAAAAAAUGUCUUUUUAACCUAUUCAGACUUGAGACAAUUGCAGUUUUUGUUUCUUGAAAGUGUCUCAGUAGCUGGAUAAAUAAUAUUCUAUUUUAAUAUUUUUACUUUCUUCAUUUUUACAUGUCUAUUUAGUCUUUUUGGAAGUUGGUAUAAAUACUGGAUCACCAAAAAUGGUGCAUUUGCUUUUUUAUUAAUAGUACUAUGUGGCUGGGGACAUGGAUGAAAACAUUUACUUUAAAAAGGAAAAAGGUGUAAUCGAUGUUAUUUGAAUGUAUACAAAGAGGAAGUUAACUUUGAAAAAGUGUUGUUCUUCUCAAAGUUUAACCUUUUUUAGUUCAGAAUUUUAUCUCAACUUUUACCUGAGUGAAAGGGAAAAAAAUCAGCAAACACGGAGCAAUAUUAGACCUCAAAAAUAUUUAUAGAUCUCAUUUGCUGCUUCCGUGUCAUUCCUGAGUGUAAAAAUGUGUGGAAAUGUUUUUUUUCUCCAAUCUUAUGCUGAUGUUUGUAUUCAUUCUUCAUGCUCUGAUCUUAAAUGUCCUGAGCAGGUUCAUUUUCUGCUUGUCCUAAUUUAUUUAGUCUCCGUUGAUGUGUGGGACAGAGACGUAAGAAAAAUUUGCUGCAUGGAAUCAUGGGAGCCGUUUCGCCUCUUGGUGCCUUAGAGAAAACUGUAUUUGAGUUGUUUACUAUUUGUGUUUUUAUUGUGUCAGUUUCUCAGCAAUACUCUAGAUUUCUAUAGGAAAAAAGAUAAAACUGAUACUUUGCACAGUCGUCAUUUUGUGAAUAAACCUAUUUCUAAAACGGG